AAACAGCUGAUUGGUCAUAACAAAGCGGCAGAUUAAAAUUAACUGCACGCUUUGCAGUUAUUUGGUGAAAAUCUAAUUUAAAAUUUAUUUUAUUAAAUUUACCGCGAAACAUGGCCCCAAUAUCCAUAUAAAAUGGUCCAGUCUUCCGGUAAGUUGCAAACCAAACUAAAUAUAUUGCUGACACUAUCAGAAGCUAAAAGUUUUUUGAAAAAAUUGCGGGACCUCCAUGUCUAAUUCACGCAGGCACUGCACCAAAAAUGUAAAUAAAUGUGAGCAUGUCUAUGAGGAUGUCUAUAAAAAUAACACUCACACUCACACCUACCACGUAUCUAAAGACAAAUACAAGAAAUGUACAGACAAUCAAAAGAUGAAUAGAACACACACAGCAUGACACCUGCACGCGCAUGAAAACAACCUUUUGACACAAACAAACAACAAAUAUGAAAACUAUCAUGGGAUCAUCACAGCAAACACAGCACGACAUUUCACACACAAAAACAACAACUACCACCAACAACGCUGAUCAAAAAAGUAUAAAUAGAUGGCAAAAGUCAACCAGCGUGAUCAGUGUGUGUAAAGCAACGAAGAAACAUCAACUGAAAGAAGACAUUUCAAAAAUUCAUUCACGUAAACAGGAAAAAAUGUCUGAAACCAAAACGGAUAAAGUUGUUAGAUCACUUGCCACGAGAAGCAGACUCACAAAUUUCCCCUUGAUCUUCGAAACACCCGACAAACUGCGAACGAUGUCUCAAAAUGAAAAAUUUGUACGAAAGAAGGCUUUUGACAAUUGCAUCGCAGCCGAAAUGCGACACCAAAAGAGUAAAUUCUUCCAAGAGCAGCAAACGUACAUAGCCCAGCAACUAGAGGAGCAUCCUGUGGAGAUCGCUGGUCGCACGCACUCGCCGAGCAGCAGCCUUAAAGAGAAGAAAUCCGCGCAUGCGGAGACGGAGACGGCUGACAAAGCCACAGCAUUACUACGGGAGCAACGCGCCGCUUCUUGUCGGAAAUCGCGCAUGAACAAUAAGCUGAAGAAGGAAGCACUAAAGCAUCGCAAUGAUUUUAUAACUGCGAAAAUGGCGGUUACGAAGCACACACUCGAAAGUGUAACGUCGAAAUUGCAAAAGGCGCAACUGUACCUGCUAAGACGUGGCUUUGAUGAAGCGCAUAUACAAAAUAUACGCAGUAUUUAUGGCGUGGGUAGUAUUACUCUGGAUUGAGCAAUGGAAAAUGCAUCAAAUGACCGAGAACUACCGUAUCAGUAAUAAUCGAAAUCGGUGCAAAAUGGUUCUAGACGUUAGUUUUAGUUUACUUUUUUACUCCUAUAUUAUAUGCACAUUUUAUAAUUAUUAUUUUUAAACGUUUACUUUAUGUUAUAUACAUUAAUUUUCAAGAUUUCAUAUAUCUAAGAAAAUAUAGCUCAAUAAAUUUAAUAUUUAUAACUCGAA